AAUGCACUGAGUGAGGAAACCGCUCACUUGCCCCAGUGUUGGUGGUGGUGGUGGUGGUGUGGGAGAGGAGGGAGAGGCAGUGCUGACCGGUUGACCAGUUGACCGGUUGCUGCCAUGUUGCACUGGUUGCUGCUGCUGCUGCUGCUGCUGUGCCUGUGCGCCCCGACCCGCGGGGACUACCCCCCGCCCCGGUUUGCCCUGAGCCUGGACACCGCGCCCGAGCAGCGCUGGGACGAGGUGCUGAAGCAUUACAACCGCACGGAGCUGCGGAGGGCUUUGCGCCUUGUGAUGAGUUCAUUGGUUCCAGAGUGGGUCAUUCCCAUAAUCAGCACGAUUGGACCUGAGCUGGAUGAAUUCUUUCCAUAUCCCUAUUCAGCAGAACUUCGAGGAGUGUGCAAAGCCAUUGGAAUAAGCAUUGGCGAAGGAAUUCUCCUGAAUUUUGUCUAUGAGGCUACUGCGUUUUGCACCAGCAUUGUUGCUCAAGACACAAAAGGAAAUAUUUACCAUGGGAGAAAUCUGGAUUACAGUUUUGGUGAAAGUUUACGGAAGCUCAUAGUGGAACUGCAAUUUGAAGCGAAUGGACAGAUUAUCUAUACAGGCACUACAGCAGUUGGCUAUUUAGGUUUAUGGACUGGACAACGUCCAAACAAAUUUACUAUUUCUGGGAACGAAAGAGAUAAAGGACAUUGGUGGAGAAAUGCAAUUGCUGCAUUUUGGAAGAGAAGCUCUCCUGUUAGUUGGCUGAUAAGAGAUACCCUCCUUGAAGCAGAAAAUUUUGAGGCAGCUAAGUGGAAACUGGCCAAGAGUCCCAUCAUUGCAGAUGUUUACUACAUCUUGGGUGGGGUCAAUCCAAAUGAAGGUGUGGUUAUCACACGAAACCGCGAUGGCCCAGUGGACAUCUGGCCUUUGAUGACUGUGAUAAAACAGUGGUACAGAGUGGAGACAAACUAUGAUCACUGGACCACUCCACCUCCAUCAUGUGACAGAAGAACACCAGCUAUCAAGGCUCUCAAUGCUACUGGACAAGAUAAAAUAAAUCUCGAUACACUUUUUCAUGUUCUGUCUGUUAACCGGACACUGAACAACUCUACUAUCUAUACAACUGUGAUGAGUGCUGCUCAACCAGAUAAGUAUAGGACCUCAGUACGCACAUGCAACAGAACAUUUUGUUAGUCAACGGUUUUUCAUAAGCGCUAUUGCAAGAUCCACGAACAUUCUUCCUCACUAUGAAAGUCUGGGUGUCUACACUGAGUCUGAGAACAAGAGAAUCGAAGAAUAUUACGUUGCUUCUGUCUUAUUUCCUUUGCUUGACAUUUAUUUUUUUCCAACUCUUUUACAACAAGAUUAUGAUAAACAACUCUUUUACAUUGUAAAAGGUACAGUGUCACACACUCCACCCUGUAUAUAUUCUAACACUGUUACCUAUAAGGUAUCAAAAGGUAUAGGUAUCAUUGUUACCUAUCAUACGUUGCUUUUCCCUCAGCUUUUUGGUGUAGAAAAUGAACACAUUUUAUAUUGGAUUACAAGUGGUAAUUUUGGAGCAAAUUUUGGAGUAAAGAGAGAUUUAACUACUUCUAUUUCAAAUAACGCAGUUGUUAUGAACUGUUUAAUAUGGUAAAAAUGGUUGUAUAUUUUUCAAUCUGCAGAAGAUAUUUGAUAUCCAGCUUUAACAUUACUUGAUCUUUGACAGCAAUUUGUACAAGCCUACAAAAUAUGUCCAGCAGGCAAUAUUUAUUGCCAAGCUUUGUGAGCACAUUCAGCACAUGUGGUUUUGUCCUGUAAAGGGGUCUGAUUUGUGGAAUUCCUCUGUGACGUGGAUUUCUUAUUGAAAGAGAUAUUACAACUUAGACUCUAAAA